CCCCCAGCGCGCCAGCAGCGCCGCCGCGUCACGUGACCUCGCCAGUUCGCAGUAUGGCAGCCGACCCGAGCGGCGGUGUGCGGUAACUCGCCAGUCGCGCGUUGCGGGGAAAUACACACUCCCGUGUGCGGUCUGCCAGGGUCCGACGAGGGGUUCGCUUGCGUGCAGGCAUGAGCACGCUCGGCCGCUGCCGUAACGUCCGUCGGAGUCGCGUGCCCGACGUGACACGUCUCAUCUGAGCGACGCAUCGGUCGGGUUUUUUGUUUGCUUGUGCGCCCGAGCCUGCAAAAGCUGCCAAGGCAAGUGAGAGUUGUUCGCUUGGACUGGGAGAUACGUGCAAGGAGGAUUUUCGCUGCUUCUACUUCUGUGAAAUAUGAAAAUGCUGUGUGUUCCGUGUGGUUUUCCGUCGUUUUGGUUGGUGCAAAAAAAAAAUAACAAGGGAGUGUCAUGAAAUCUAGGUCUAGCGCCCGACCCGGCUGCAUUGCAUUAUUGGCGCGGCGAUCAGGGGAGCAGCGAUGACGGCCAGACACGUGCUCUCGGCGGUGCUACUGCUCACGUGCGGGGCGUGCUACUACAACAGCCUGCAGUGCAGCUUCGUGUUCGACGACAUCAGCGCCAUCAAGGACAACCGGGACCUGCGGCCACACAUGCCCCUCAGGAACAUCUUCUUCAACGACUUUUGGGGGACGCCCAUCCACAAGGAGCAGAGCCACAAGUCCUACCGGCCGCUGUGCGUGCUGACGUUCCGCUGGAACUACGCUCUGCACCAGCUGGAGCCGAUGGGCUACCACCUCGUGAACCUCACCCUGCACAGCAUCGUGUGCCUGAUGUACUUCAGAAUGUGCUUGUUGUUCCUGCCAGAAGUGUCGAGUUUUGUGGCUGCAAUGCUGUUCGCCGUCCACCCCAUUCACACGGAGGCCGUGACUGGUGUUGUGGGAAGAGCAGAAACGCUUUCAUCUGUCUUCUACCUCGCAGCUUUUAUCCUGUACAGCAAGGCUACUCGCCAUAGGCGGGUCACUGGUUGGAGAUCGCUGAUCUUUUCAAUGAUCUGUGUUGCGACUGCAAUGCUUUGCAAGGAACAGGGCAUCACAGUGACCGGUGUCUGUGCUUUGUACGAGCUGGUCGUAACCCAGAAGCUUCGUCUGGCCGACCUCCAGCACCUUCUGCACUCCGCCGUUGGCGGUAAAGGCUCUCUGCACGCUCCUUGGAUGCCGGACAUGACGAAGAGGCUGGCCGUUCUCUUCGCCACCACAGUCUGCCUCCUCAUGGUCCGACUGCAGAUCAUGGGCUCGAAACUGCCCAUCUUCACCAGGUUCGACAACCCGGCGUCGGUGGCGGGGGCGCCCGCCCGCCAGCUGACCUACAGCCACCUCGCCAGCGUGAACCUGUGGCUGCUGCUGCUCCCCUGCGACCUGUGCUGCGACUGGACGAUGGGCACCGUGCCGCUGGUCAGCUCCUUCGCGGACCCCCGCAACCUGGCCACGCUCGCGUCCGGCCUGGGCGUGCUGGCGGUGGCGUGCGCGGCCCUGGCCUCCGAGAACAGGCAGCAGUCCGCCGUGCUCCUCAUGAGCUUGGGAAUGCUGAUCCUCCCGUUCCUGCCGGCGUCCAACUUGUUCUUCCCGGUGGGCUUCGUGGUGGCAGAGCGAGUGCUGUACAUGCCCUCCAUGGGGCUCUGCAUGCUGGUGGCCUACGGCUGGAGCCUGCUCGCGCAGAAAAGGUGUAAGAAGUUAGCGUGGCUCCUUCUAGGAGCUCUGCUCCUGAUCCACGGGUGCAAGACGUAUACUCGCAACCUGGACUGGGAGAACGAGUACACGAUCUUCAUGGCAGGCCUCAAGGUGAACCAGCGGAACGCCAAGCUGUUCAACAACGUGGGCCACGCCUUGGAGAGUCAGAAUCGCUUCCAAGAGGCCUUAGAAUACUUCCAGAAGGCUGUGAGAGUGCAAGGGGAUGACAUUGGAGCCCACAUAAAUGUGGGCCGCACAUACAAUCACUUGAAGAUGUUCAAAGAGGCAGAGGAAGCAUACCUAAAAGCGAAGUCGCUGCUGCCCAAGGCGAAGCCCGGGGAGUCGUACCAGGCGCGCAUCGCCCCCAACCACCUGAACGUGUUCCUGAACCUGGCCAACCUGAUAGCGCGCAACGAGACGCGGCUGGAGGAGGCCGACCUGCUGUACCGGCAGGCCAUCAGCAUGCGCGCCGACUACACCCAGGCGUACAUCAACCGCGGGGACGUGCUGCUCAAGCUGAACCGCACCAAGGAGGCCCAGGAGGUGUACGAGCGGGCGCUCUUCUACGACAGCAACAACCCCGACAUAUACUACAACCUGGGUGUGGUCUUCUUGGAGCAAGGCAAGGCAUCGCAGGCACUGGCGUACCUGGACAAGGCCCUGGAGUUUGAUCCAGAACACGAGCAAGCGCUCCUCAACUCGGCCAUCCUGCUGCAGGAGUUGGGACGCGCCGAGCUGCGGAAGGUUGCACGCGAGAGGCUCCUGAAACUACUGCGCAAGGACGCGACGAACGAGCGAGUGCACUUCAACCUGGGGAUGCUGGCGAUGGACGACCGGGACGUGGCGGGCGCGGAGCACUGGUUCCGGCGGGCGGUCCAGCUGAAGGACGACUUCCGCAGCGCCCUGUUCAACCUGGCGCUGCUCUUGGCAGACGACCACCGCCCCUUGGAGGCCGCCCCCUUCCUCAACCAGCUGGUCAGGUUCCACCCCGACCACAUCAAGGGGCUCAUCCUGCUGGGCGACAUCUACAUCAACAACAUCAAGGACCUGGACGCAGCCGAGAACUGCUACAAGCGGAUCCUCCAGCUGGACCCGGAGAACGUCCAGGGCCUGCACAACCUGUGCGUGGUGCACGUGGAGCGCGGCGACCUGCUGCGAGCGGAGGCCUGCCUCAGGCGCGCCCACCAGCUGGCCCCCGGCGAGGACUACGUGCUGCGGCACCUGGGCAUCGUGCAGGCCAGGAUCGGCAAGCUGCGGCCGGGCGGCGACGAGGGGGAGGGCAGUGCGGGCGACAAGGACGAAGCCCCCGUGGACGGUCUCCCCCCUCCUCCUCCCUCGGAAGUGUCGAGCCUGCCGGCCAGGACUCAGCCCCGGGGCUACCAGGGCCUCCGCGACGGGCCCCCGGAGCAGUUGUUGGCCCCCUCCGGCGAGCUCACCCCCCGAUCCUCGUCUUAGCGUUUUAUGAUUCCCCGGCAGGGCGGAGGAAGUUCCACCUUUUUCGAAUCGUUACGUUUGCUGAAGUGAAUCCGAAACGGAGAAGAGGACGCUGCUGACGCAGUUGAAACUGUGAGUUGAAGAUCGUGGUGGUAUCGGGUAUCGGUCUGUAUUUUUACUCAUCGGCAACGUUUUUCACAACUGAUUUCAGUUUGAAUCAUUUUCUGAGUGGUAUCGAGCACGGAAGUGACUAAGGAAUAUAUUUACUUACACUUAUGCUCCACUUUCAAGCCUCUUGCCGAAAACUUAAGUUAAUUUUGGUGUCAUUUGCUUAGAGAUGUGAAUGUGCAUUAUUUAUUUCUAAAGGAUCCCUUGGCAUAAUAAGUAAAGCAAAAAAAUUCUGUACGUACAAUAGUUGCACAAAUGAAAUAAUUGGUGCUUUUGAUCUCAAGGAUCUGAUAAUCAGCAUGUAGUAUAAAUUGUUUUAAUGGUCUACAUCAGUUUUAGUUAGUUUUGCAUACAGGUAAGCUAAACUUUCAGCUCGCAACAGAAUGAGUUGGGUAUGUCAGUUUGUCAGGUUGGGGGUGUUACAGCUUUCAAUUGUUGUCCCAGCUGCGAUCACUGUUUGUAAAAUAAAAUAAAGUAAAAUGAAGGAUAAUUAUAAUUAACGUCUUAUUGGCAUGCAGAGCAGUGUUGGUAGGAUGAGGUCUAAAAAAUUUUCAGUGUGGCCUUUGUCGAUUUGAAUGUUAGUGCUAAAGCAUUUAAACCAAUAUAGUUUCAUUUUGCAGAGCAUCUGGACUGGAAUCUUAAUACGUGCAUCAAGUUUGAGGUGUUGCAAGUGACCAACAAUCAUAGUUCUUCCCUGAUAAGGGAAAAUUUCCCAAUUUUUGUUUGUGAUAGUAUUCUAUUGCAGUCAAGCGUGUCGCAAUCAUCCUCACUUAAUGGGCUACAGGAGUCGCAUACAUGCUACUUGUUGCACUGCAAAUUAGUUACAAUACGGGCUUAACUGAGUUUAGUUACAAAGUAAAUUAAACUCUACUGGAAGGGAAGAAUGAUUUUAAAUAUUAGUUUUUAGUACUAUAUUAUAGAAUAAACAUAAAAAAAUAUCUUCAAAAUGGUUAGCUUUGAAAGUGUGGAUCAAGAACUGUGUUACUAUUUAACAGUUUCUUCGUAUGAAAAUGAAGGAAUUUUUGUGGAAGCCAUUUUCAAACUCGGUUUUACUCUUCUUGAUGUUACACAGGUUUUUUUUUUUUUUUUAAAUUCAACGAAUGAUCAUUAAGUUUUAAUAUUUUCUUCGAAAACUUACUUCAUUUUACUAUGUGUAUCUUUCUGCUAAACUAUGCAUGUACUGUUUACUAUGUUUUGAGGUUAUUGCUAGACACACUUUUGCUUUUAAGUAUGUAGACUUGCUUUAAACAUAACAAAAAAUAAUAUAUAUUAAUGGAACUAUUUACAAUAUAUUUAAGUGUUUCUGGAAAGCUUAUGUUAAUCACUUACUAGCAGAACCUGGCAGAUGUUGUCCUUCCAGUGUCUAUUUAUUUACCUCUAUGUAUCUCAAAUUAAUGGUUUGUAUGUAAUCUAGAAUCUAUAAAGCAUUGUAAAUGGUAUUCCAUUUUAAACUCACUCGCCAAAUACUUAACAUAGUCACAAUCACUAUUUGUUGUUACUGAGGAUUAAGGACAGUAAAAAUUACAAUAUACCAAUUUCCAUGACGAUCGGUUGAACCAUCUAGUGGCGAGUUAUAGCAAAAUGGAUAUUGCGAAAAUAUUCUCAAUGUUCAAAUAUCUAUGUAUACCAAUCGGUUGAACGGUGUAGAAGAUAAUACACUUCAGCGCCAUCUGGUGAUGAGUUAUAGCAAAAUGGGUAUUGUGAAAAUAUCCUCCAUGUUCAAAUAUAGUUGUAGCUGCAGUAAAGGGCUUUGCCCAGGCUGAACACAGUGUGAUAUACAGUAUUGUCCGUGAGUUAAAGCAAAAUGGAUAGCGCUAUAUGACAGUGUGGUGGACAUAGAGAAAUGACACAUACUUUCUGUUUGUAUGUCUAUGACCUAUGAUUUUCUGUUUACCCGGUUUAGAAGUUGAUGCGCUGCAGCAUCAUCUAGUGGCUAUUAAUAGCAAUAAGGAUGUCUCAAAAAUAUUCUCCAUGUUCAAAAAAAUGUCUAUAAAUACCAAUUUUCAUGGAGAUCCAUUGAACAGUUUAGAAUUUUAUGCAUUGCAGCACCAUCUAGCGGGGAGUUACUAGCAAAGAUUUUCAUGGGCAAUAAUGCUGUAAUGCUUAAGGCAAGAGAACCUGAUUUUUUGCAACAAAUUACUUUAAAAUAUAAAACUUGAGUAUAGAAUAGAAAAUGACUAAUUAUAAUAUACAUUGGAACCUGAUAAACCGGGAAUUUGGUUAACCCGGUUCUCAAUUAAAAAUUAAACAUAUUUUUUGGGGAAGAAAACCAAGCCAACGAAGUGUAAUUCAUUAGGGAAGGGACAAGAAAGGAAUAUAACUAAAAACUAUGUAUUAAAAGUAGAAACGAACGGAAAAAGAAACAAACUAGAAUUGCCUGUGUAUAAAUUACUUACAUGAAAUUUUGCUGUAUUGUAUAACCUAAAAAAAGAAAACUACAUGACUAUAUUUUCUUAUAGAAUUUUAAACACACAAUACCAAAACCUAUAAUUGUAAUAUAAAAAAACGAUUAUGUCAGUGUAUAAUACAAAAUUACAUUUAACAUAAUUUUUAGUUAAAAAAUGACUAAAAAGAGGUAUUUUUGAUCGAGCAAUUUUAAGAUGCAUUGCCUGGUUCCACUUAUUUCUCUGGAUCUUGGUCUAAUCCCAGUAUUUAAUUAAUGUCUGGCUUGCAAUCAUUUCAUUAAAAAUAAUAUUGCUUCAUUAGAAGAUGGUAAAAAGCAAUAAUACUAUGUAUUUAUUGCUACAUGUUUUCUGUAUAAACAAUAAGAAAACACAACAGUUAUGAUGCCAUACAAUGCCUAUGUGUACACUUCAACCCCAAUCAUUUAUGGUCGCCUGAUCAGUACCCUUGGGGUGUAAAGGAACUGUCAAUGAUCUCAGCUGCGGACAUUGUGAAGGGUAGCGUAGCCAGAGUUUGGUGUUUUUAUUUGGGGUAUUUAAUAAUUAAUUUU